AUGAGUGAAAGCGAAAAUGUUGCAGGCGAAGGAUAUGCAGCCUGGCUGGGAUUGGGCGCCUUUGUGGGCCUGCUGCUGCUGCUGGUCUCGUGCAUUUGCCAGCGGCGCAAUGCGCGCUUGUUUGGCCGCUUGCCGCCUGGGCCUUGGGGAUUGCCGCUGCUUGGCUAUUUGCCCUUUAUGGAUCGCCUGGCGCCGCAGAAGACGCUGCAGGCGCUGGCCCAGCGCUAUGGCAGCAUUUAUCAGCUGUAUAUGGGCGGAGUGCGCACUGUGGUGCUAACGGAUGCGUCGCUGGUGCGCGAAUUUCUGCGCCACGAGGAGCUGACGGCGCGUGCGCCGCUUUAUUUAACACACGGCAUCAUGGGCGGCUAUGGCAUUAUUGGUGCUGCGGGCACCAUUUGGAAGUAUCAGCGGCGCCAGCUCAUCGACUGGCUGAAGACCUUGGGCAUGACGCGCAAGCAAUGCGAGACGCGUGCGCAGCUGGAGCAGCGCAUUGGACGCGGCGUCAACGAGUGUGUCCAGGCCUUUGAGCGUGCCUGCGAGUCGGAACUGGAGCUGGAUCCGCUGCCCGCCUUGCAUCACAGUCUGGGCAACAUAAUCAACGAUGUGGUGUUUGGAGUGCGCUAUGAGCGCGAGGAUGCCAACUGGCUGUACUUGCAGCAGCUGCAGGAGCAGGGAGUGAAGCUUAUAGGCGUGUCGGGCAUGGUUAACUUCCUGCCCUGGUUGCGCCAUCUGCCGGCGAACAAGCGCAACAUACGCUUUCUGCUCGAAGGCAAGGCCAAGACGCACAAGCUCUAUGAUCAGAUUAUCAAGCGAUGCGAGCAGCAGCUGCAGCAGCGCAAGGAGCAGCAGCAAGCAGUCGAGGGUGAGGAGCAACAACAACAGCAACAGCAACAGGAGGAGGAGGAGCAGAAGGAGAGCUGCAUAUUGGAGCAGUUUCUGGCUGAGCGUCAGCCGUACUCGGAGCUGUACUGCGAUGAGCAGCUGCGUCAUCUGCUGGCGGAUCUCUUUGGCGCCGGCGUGGACACGUCGCUGGCCACGCUGCGUUGGCUGCUGCUUUAUAUGGCGCGCGAGCAGCGCUGCCAGCGCCAGCUGCAGACGCAGCUGCUGCAGCUGAGCGAGACGCCCAGCUUGGAGGAGCUGGAGCCGCUGGUCUAUCUGCGCGCCUGUCUGUCCGAGGUGCAGCGCAUACGCUCGGUGGUGCCCCUGGGCAUACCGCAUGGCGUGGAGCGCGAGCUGAGCGUGAAUGGCUAUCGGCUGGAGGAGGGCACCAUGGUGCUGAUACUGCAGUGGGCCAUACACAUGAAUCCGGAGUACUGGCCACAGCCGGAGCAGUUCCGCCCGGAGCGCUUCAUCAAUGCCAAUGGCGAGUACGCGGCUCCGGCGCAGUUCAUUCCCUUCCAGACGGGCAAGCGCAUGUGUCCGGGCGAAGAGCUGGCGCGCAUGAUGCUCACGCUCUUCGCCGGACGCCUGCUGCGGCGCUUCCACGUGCAGCUGGCGCCCGGACAGGACGACUUGAGCAUGGAGGGCGAAACGGGCAUCACCUUGACCCCGCAGCACUACAAACUGCGCUUGAGCAAGCUGACCAAACCAUAG